GAGACGAACGCUUUGUGGAACAAUCGAUUACCUAGCUCCAGAAAUGGUUGCUGGGGUUUCGCAUGAUGAACGUGUCGACCAUUGGACUGUUGGAAUUUUAUGCUAUGAGAUGCUUUGUGGCAAACCGCCUUUUGAACAUCCUAACACACAAGACACUUAUGCCUGUAUCAAAACUGUUAAAUAUACAUUCCCUCCUGUUAUAACUCCGAUGGCACAAGACAUGAUAUCUAAGAUCCUUCAACGUUAUCCAAUGGAUCGGUUGUCCCUAGAAGGAAUCAUUUCUCAUCCAUGGAUCCAAAACUUCGCAAAUAAAGCUUCUUUCCACUCUAUCGUUAAGCCCAGACCAAAAUCCUGAUGUUUUUGUCGAAUCAUUUAUUCGAUUUUUUUAUGUAUCUCAAAAUAUGAUGAUUUAUUUUCAUAUUUCCAUUAUCUGUCCUCCUAACAAACAUUUACUUUUGUGUCUGG